GGUGAAAAUUUUGCAGCGAGGCGGCGACGUUUUGUGUACGGUGAAAAAUCAGGAUAAAACCAUUGGAAAAGUGCCGAAAAUUCGAUUUCCUCUUGUUUAAAACAUGAACGGAGCCGUAGUAAUGAAAUCGCCUCCGCUUCCUCCUAGUGCUGGGGGUGGUGAGUACGCCGGUGGCAAUGGCAGCAACGAGGCUAACUCACCCAUCCGGGAAGAUUUUGGUCCUGACGAUGCGGAAGAACCGUCUCCGUCGAAAUCGUCGUCGUCCUCGUCGAAGCGAGACAAGGACCGUGACCGUGAACGUAGCCGAGAAAGCAGAGGUCGCGAUCGAAGCCGUGAAAGAGAACGCAGCCGCGAUAGGGAUCGCAGCCGUGAUAGGGAGCGCAGUCGGCGAGAUCGGGACCGUGACCGUGAUGUCAAAGCUUUGCCGUACAUAAGCCAACCUGUGUAUGAUUUGCGCCAAGCCGGUGAUGUACUGUUCGGACCCGGAACCCGUUCGGCCCUGUUGGGCAUCCUGGGCGGUGCUUUGCCUCGUUUGUCCAGCGAGCAGCAUGAAUUGGUGACCCGUGCCAAAAAGUACGCCAUGGAACAGAGCAUCAAGAUGGUCCUGAUGAAGCAAACGUUGGCCCAUCAGCAACAACAGCUUGCCAGCCAGCGGACCCAGGUUCAACGUCAGCAAGCACUGGCCCUGAUGUGCAGAGUCUACGUUGGCAGCAUCUCGUUCGAACUUAAGGAGGAUACAAUCAGGGCAGCAUUCCUUCCCUUCGGUCCUAUAAAGUCGAUCAAUAUGUCCUGGGAUCCGAUAACGCAGAAGCACAAGGGGUUUGCCUUCGUGGAGUACGAGAUUCCCGAAGGUGCCCAGUUGGCGUUGGAGCAAAUGAACGGAGCCAUGCUUGGAGGUCGAAACAUCAAAGUCGGACGCCCGAGUAAUAUGCCUCAAGCUCAGCAGGUGAUUGACGAGAUCCAGGAAGAAGCCAAAAAUUACAAUCGUAUCUACAUUGCUUCGAUUCACCCCGAUUUGACGGAGGAGGACAUCAAAAGUGUAUUUGAAGCUUUCGGGCCGAUCGUUACUUGCAAAAUGUCGCAGGGCAGUGCUGCCCAUACCCAUAAAGGGUACGCUUUCAUUGAAUAUCAAGCUAACCAGUCUGCACUGGAAGCCAUUGCUAGCAUGAAUCUCUUCGAUUUGGGUGGACAGCUUUUGAGAGUUGGUCGUUCGAUUACGCCACCGAAUGCGUUGAUGGGUCCAGCGGCCAAUUCGGCAAUGCCAACGGCAGCGGCGGUUGCUGCAGCUGCAGCCACAGCUAAGAUACAAGCUAUGGAUGCCGUUGCAACUAACGCUGUGCUGGGUUUAUCGGCCACUGCACCAACUCUCAAAGUUGGACUGGGCACACCGGCCACACAGGCCAUCACUACUGCCGCCAAUGUCAAUUUGAUCGCUCAAGCUCAGCUUGCUGCCGCUGGCCAAGCCUCGGCUGUCAUCUCUCAACCAGGUUUGCUCGAUCCUCCUGUUGUAAAUUUGGCUGGCUUGGCACCGUCUCUGCUGGGUGUGAGCCCUCUGUUGGCUGGGGCAGCAAAACCUUUGCAAUCAGUAUUAAGCAAUGCUAAUCCAGCAGCAGUUGCAGCAGCAGCCGCUGCCGCUGCCGCCGCCGCAGCUGCUGCAGCUGCAAACCCCAACGCAACUGCAGAAGAGGUCUUCAAAAAAGCUCAAGAGAAACAGCAAGAAGAAUUGCAGAAAAAACUGCUUGAGGAAGGAGAACCGCAAACGCUCCAGCAACAGGAAACUAUGUCAAUUAAAGGACAAAACGCAAGGCACCUUGUGAUGCAACGAUUGAUGCGACCACGAGACAGCAAAGUUGUGAUUCUACGCAACAUGGUCGGUCCCGAGGAUGUCGACGAAACGCUGCAGGAAGAGAUUCAGGACGAGUGUGGUAAAUACGGAAUAGUGGAGCGGGUCAUUAUCUACAAGGAACGCCAAUCCGAGGGAGAUUAUGCCGAGGACGAUAAUACGGACGUUAUUGUAAAAAUAUUUGUCGAAUUCUCGCAGGGCUCCGAAGCAGAUAAAGCCCGUGAAGCACUCCAUGGUCGCUAUUUUGGUGGUCGUCUAGUAAAGGCAGAAUCCUAUGACCAAGCGCUCUUUGACCACGGCGAUUUGUCUGGUUAAACGUUUUAACCAGUACUGCUGCCGAUGAUAUACAAAGUGACAAAGAGCGUGACCACACUCUGAUCCUAUAGUAGAAUCCCUGAAUGUUAAGCGUUUGUGUAACCGAACCAACAUAAAAGUUUCCUAGAACCACCCAACGCUCCCAGGCAACAUUAAGGACAAAGUUUACGAUCUAUUUUACUAUUUACUAUCACACAGUACCGAAUCAUAUAUAUUUAUUCUCAGUGCGAGCAUGAAAAAAAACCCAAUCUAAAAAUAGGACACACUUGUUAAGAAAUUUCUCUAUAACAUCAUAACAUGAAAAUACCAAGAUUUUCAAACAGAAACAAUUUAUUACUACUUUCUUAAUAUAAAACUGUAUAUAAUAUAUACAACUGCGCUUCUCUCUAAUAGAGCACCAGAAGUUGAAAACCGCACAA